AUGGGUGUGAGAAAAUCCAAACAAAAAGUGUCCACGACAACAGUGGAUGCCGUUACAAAUUUAACAGCAUUACCGAGUAUCAUCGAACCAACAGGAAACAUGACGCAAAAUUAUUUGCUCAUCUGGGUCGAUAGUAACAUUGAUCAAGCAAGACAGGAUUAUCGAAAUACACUUGAGGAAUUGCGCAAUAUUGUCAACCAAGUUAAUAUCUGCACAACGUCGGCACAAUGCAUUGAAAUUCUCAAUGAUUUGGAUGACGCGAAAGCUUUUGUCAUUUCCUCGGGAGCGUUAGGACAACAACUUGUGCCAGCUAUUCAUGGAAUGGCACAAUUAGAUAGCAUUUAUAUCUUUUGUGGCACCAAAGCAUGGCAUGAAGAAUGGGCAAAAAAAUGGCCAAAAAUUCAAGGUGUCUUCACAUCAAUAACACCAAUAUCACUUGAAUUUUAUGAAAAAGCAAAACAAAUAUACGAAAAAGCUCUGCCUCCGAAUGAUCUCGAUUUGGCCUCAUCCUAUAGUAGCAUUGGUCUAAUGUAUAACAACAUUGGUGAUCACUCAGAAGCACUUAAGUUUUAUGAACAAGCACUUAAAAUAAGAGUAAUAGCUCUACCUUCUGAUCAUCAAGAUUUAGCUAUUUCCUACAGUAACAUUGGCCUAGUGUAUUACAACAUGCGUAAUUACCCAAAAGCACUUGAACUUUACAAAAAAGAUCUGGAAAUCAAGAAAAAGACUAUGCCUUCCAAUCAUCCCGAUUUAGCUGUUUCCUACAACAAUAUUGGUCUAGUGUAUAGCAACAUGGGUGACAACUCGACAGCACUUGAAUUUUACAAACAAGCACAUAAAAUAAAAGAAACUACUCUGCCCUCGGAUCAUCUGUCGUUGGCUAUUUCCUACGGCAAUAUCGGUGGAAUGUAUUGUACCAUGGGUAAUUACUCGAAAGCACUUGAGUUUGGAGAAAAGGCGCUCGCUAUUCAACAAAAAACACUGCCACCAACGCAUCCUGCAAUUAAACUAACGAUGAAUAAUAUUAAUUAUGUAAAAAAGAAGAUGUAA